AUGGCUGUUGGAGUAAGCUUGAUAGAUACGGCGGCUGAGGAAGAAUGGAUGGCUGCAACAAGGUCUGUGAGGGUGAAAGCUCCCUCACUUGCACGUUCUUCUUCUCUAGAUGAGGCAUUUUGCCUUCAUUCUAAAUCACCAUGGUUUGGCCUGACUUGGGAAGUCAUGUUGUUGCUUCUGAUUCAUGUGCUGAGCAAAGAAAUGGUUGGCAUUGGCAUGCUUCUGUCGAAUUACCUCCCACUGAAAACAGUGGACAAGUUUGUGUCACUGCUUGCCAAGUUGAGCUACAGUGAUUUGUCCAGCCAUGGCAUUCAUCGCCCAGUUGAAGGGCCAUUUCUCUUUAAAGCACUCACUGGAAAGACUCCAGUAAUUGAUCGUGGAACCAUCAAGAAAAUUCGCUCAAAAAAGAUUCAGGUUUUUCCAGAUGUAGUGAGUAUAAACCAGAACACUGUGGAAUUCAAAGAUGGUAAACGACGGUGUUUUGAUGCUAUUGUGUUGGCAACUGGUUACAAAAGCGUAGCACAUAAAUGGUUGAAGGACUACAAGUUCCUUCUUACAGAUGAUGGAAAGCCUAAAGGGAAGUACCCAAACCACUGGAAGGGCGAGAAAGGUGUUUAUUGUGUUGGAUUAACAGGGAAGGGACUGCCAGGAAUUUUCAAAGAUUCAAAGGCUGUAACUGAAGACAUCUAUCAACUUACACUAAUGGCACAAAAGUAGUUAAUGUGCAUUCCAUGGGCACUAGUAAUGCACGUAUGCAGACAGGGGUGCAUUUGUGUGUUGUAUAAGACAUAAAUCACUGUUUAUGGAUUCCUAGUCUUUGCGUUUAUAGUUGGUGCAUUUUCCUGCAUGUCAUUUUGUUCGUCAUGUUUUCAACACUGUGAUGCCCAUGUUUUCUAGCACACUAUACUCGUAAGCCCCGACAUGU